AUGUCACAAUUCAAAUUUCGUCCUCUAGAGGAGGCUGACGCAAUCAGGCUUUUGGUUCUCCAUCCUUCCCACGAGACAACAGCGCCUCUAUCCAGCUCCCUGAUCAAUACUACUCUGUCUGUAUGCGACUCUGACUUCGUCAACGGCUAUCUGGCUCUCUCGUAUGUAUGGGGAAAUCCGGCCCGCACAUCAUCUAUCCAGAUUGACGGGAUCGACGUGGGAAUCACGGAUAAUUUGGCGGAAGCUUUGACUCAAGUCCGCAAUGCCUACCCUGGAACCCCCCAGCGAAUCUGGGCCGAUGCUCUCUGCAUCAACCAGUCGGACACUGCAGAGAAGAAUAAACAAGUGCCGCUCAUGGGCAACAUCUACUCUCUUGCCAAAACCACAGUCAUCUAUCUUGGCCCCUUAUCACCCGCGAUCGAGACGAUCUUUAAGGCUGUUCACGACAGCAAGCCAGAAUUCGUCAACGUCGACGCCACGGGAAACUCCCGGAUCGCGCUGGCUAGAGAUCUGCAGCAGCUGAAGAAGGUCGACGUAAAAGCCGGCUCAGAACCCCCGGCCGCCGCCAUCGAAGAGCUGCUUCAACGGCCAUGGUUCACCCGCGUAUGGGUCACUCAGGAGCUCCUUCUAUCCCGCGACGCAUGGGUCCAGUGCGGUGCUCUUCGCGUGAGAUGGAGAGAACUUGGUGCGCUUCUGGCUCCCAUUCUGGACCGAACAAAAGGAGAAGGCAGCACCGCUUUGCAACAGAUGCACUCACUAAGCUUGGAUGAUGAGGAGGAAAUCAUUCUAGGUCAAAGAUCGAUGUACUCCUCGGGAAUUCCCAAGGGAUGCCGCGCCACCGAUCCUAGAGACAUGAUCUUUGGAUAUAUGGGUAUGCAUGCCGACCGGGAUAAAGUCGCCGAGUUCUUCACGGUGGACUACGAAAUGCCGCUGAGGCAGCUUCUCAUUUUGACGGCCAGGUACAUCCACAGUCGAGACGGACUGGAAGUGCUACUCCGUUGUGUCAAGCGCCCACCCACCAACAACUGGUUGAACCUGCCUUCGUGGGUGCCUGACUGGGGUAUCCAUGAAUGGUCGCAAGCGACGAGCAACACAAAUGCCACGAUAUCGGCGGACGAGAUUCUACCCAGCACCUUGGAGAAACCCCUCCCAGGCUCCAGUUAUUUGCCUCAUCAGGAUCCCAAGUUCAUUCGAUACGUCAGCCCUGUCCUUCCCCGCCCACAAGACGUCCCUCAGUGUGUAGUUGAUUUUGUCAAAAGAGCCGUCUACGCUAUGCGAGAGUUCGGCUACUGGAAUUAUAAGGAACAGAAAGAGCUCAUAGAAGUGGAGAACGUUUCUUUCUGGAGAGACCUGGACAUUGGAUCGUCCGAAACGCAGAAUCCCAACCCGAUCAGGCUCUUCCCAGACAGCUUCUGGGACUUGCCUGCGGAAGAUGAGGGAGAAUCCCCACGGAAAAACACCCACAGCCCCACGAAGGGGGAACGUCACAAAGCGAUACUCGCUACCAGGGCAUUCCAGACUCUCUCUUUCUUCAAGACUUACGUGGGAAGCGGGACUAUGUCUGCUUCAGACUUUGAAGAUGCCUUCAAGUGGGAUCUUUACGAAGGACAGAGAAUUCGACUAGCGCUAUCUGCUGCCGGUUUUGUCCUUGCGGUGCCAGCCUAUGUAGAGGUGGGAGACGUAUUCAUGAGGCUGGACCGUUGCUCGUCUAUAGACCAGAAAACCCAUUCCGAAAACGACUAUUUUGGCGGUUUGUUGAGGCCGCUUGGAAAAGACACAGGCGACUCUCGUAUAGAGGCCUUUAAGUGGCUUUGCUUCGGCGGUGUUCCUCUUUGCAAGGAAGACUGGUAUAAAGGCGGGUGGGAGACUAAAUUUGACAUGCGCAUGAUGCGGAGACUGCUCCCCACUGAAGUCGAUAAUAACAUCUUGAAAUGGUAUGAUGGCGAUUCUUACAUAAAAACUGGAAACCUUAAGUACAUACAGCUCUACUAA